CUAAUUUAGAUGAGGCGGGGCGGACUGCGUUUCCCGUCAGCCCCCGCGGCCCAAGAUGGCGGCGCGCUGGAGCAGCGAGAAUGUGGUGGUGGAGUUCCGCGACGCCCAGGCGACUGCGAUGUCAGUGGAUUGCCUGGGACAGCAUGCUGUGCUCUCGGGCCGCCGUUUCCUCUACGUUGUCAACCUGGAUGCACCAAAUGAGGGUCAUCGAAAGAUCUCCCGACAGAGCAAGUGGGACAUCGGGACCGUGCAGUGGAACCCGCAUGACAGCUACGCCUACUACUUCGCAGCUUCGAGCAAUCAGCGGGUUGACCUGUAUAAGUGGAAGGAAGGUAAUGGUGAAGUUUGCACAUCACUACAAGGACACACGCGUGUGAUCAGCGACUUGGACUGGGCAGUGUUUGAGCCAGACCUGCUGGUCACUAGCUCUGUUGACACGUACAUCUACAUCUGGGACAUCAAAGACACCAGGAAGCCUACAGUCUCCCUCUCUGCAGUCGCUGGAGCUUCCCAGGUGAAAUGGAACAAGAAAAAUGCCAACUGUUUAGCGACAAGCCAUGAUGGGGAUGUCCGAAUAUGGGACAAAAGGAAACCCAGCACUGCAGUGGAGUACUUGGCAGCUCAUCUCUCUAAAAUCCACGGUCUGGACUGGCAUCCUGAUAAUGAGUAUACACUGGCCACUUCCAGCCAGGACAACUCUGUCAGAUUCUGGGAUUACCGUCAGCCUCGGAAAUACCUCAAUAUCCUUCCCUGCCAGGUUCCUGUCUGGAAGGCAAGAUACACACCUUUCAGCAAUGGGCUGGUGACAGUGAUGGUCCCCCAACUCCGUCGGGAGAACAGUAUCCUUCUCUGGAAUGUAUUUGACUUGAACACGCCCGUCCACACUUUUGUGGGACACGAUGAUGUGGUGCUGGAGUUCCAGUGGAGGAAGCAGAAAGAAGGUUCUAAGGAUUACCAGCUGGUGACGUGGUCCCGUGACCAGACCCUGCGGAUGUGGCGAAUUGACUCUCAGCUGCAGAGGCUGUGUGCUAAUGAUAUCCUGGAUGGAGUCGAGGACCUCAUUGAUGGGAUUUCUCAUCUGCCAGAGCCAGACAAGACCCUUCACUCCCAGGACUCUGAGCCCCAGCAUAAUUCUGGGCAUGGCGAUGAGGAAGCCUUAAAGGAAGACUUCCUGAAUGACCCCCUGGUGGGAAAGAAAACAGACCAAUUGGGGCUGCCUCAGACACUGCAGCAGGAGUUUUCGCUGAUCAAUGUGCAGAUCCGAAAUGUCAAUGUGGAGAUGGAUGCAGUGAGUCGUAGCUGUACAGUGUCAGUGCACUGCGGCAACCACAGAGUCAGGAUGCUGGUGAUGUUCCCUGUCCAGUAUCCCAAUAAUGCUGCACCGUCCUUCCAGUUCAUCAACCCAACCUCGAUCACUGCCUCCAUGAAGGCAAAGCUGCUGAAGAUACUGAAAGACACUUCUCUGCAGAAAGUGAAGAGGAACCAGAGCUGCCUGGAGCCCUGCCUGCGUCAGCUGGUCUCCUGGCUGGAGUCUGUUGUGAACCAAGAGGACAGCACGUCCAGCAAUCCCUACGCUUUGUCAAACUCCGUAACGUCCCCCUUACCCACGUUCGCCCGGGUCUCCAAUGCCUAUGGUUCCUACCAGGAUUCUAACAUCCCAUUUCCACGGACCUCUGGAGCCAGGUUCUGUGGUGCAGGGUACCUGGUGUAUUUCACGAGACCCAUGACCAUGCAUCGUGCAGUGUCCCCGACAGAGCCUACCCCCAGGUCUCUGUCAGCUUUAUCAGCAUACCAUAGUGGCCUUAUUACUCCAAUGAAGAUCCGCGCAGAGACUCCAGGCAAUCUGCGCUUGUACAGUGGGAGUCCUACACGCAGCGAGAAGGAGCAGGUCUCCAUUAGCUCCUUCUACUACAAAGAGAGGAUGUCUCCUCGCUCUGCCCGGCGACGUUGGUCCAUACAAGCAAUUAACGACUUCCCGAAGUCAAGGAGGUGGAAAAGCAAACGAGAGGGGACAGAUGCCAACAACCGACCCAUCAAAGCCGCUGGGAAAGUUAUUAUCCAAGAUAUUUCCUGCUUGCUGCCUGUGCACAAGCUGCUGGGAGAGCUCUACAUACUGAAUGUGAAUAACAUCCAGGAGACUUGCCAGAAGAAUGCUGCCUCAGCCUUGGCUGUGGGACGGAGAGAUCUCGUACAGGUUUGGUCACUGGCCAUGGUAGCCACUGAUCUCUGUCUUGGACCGAAGUCUGACCCAGAUUUGGAGAUACCUUGGGCACAACAUCCAUUUGGACGUCAAUUACUGGAGUCCUUGCUGGCCCAUUACUCGCAGCUGCACGAUGUGCAGACGCUGGCCAUGCUGUGCAGCGUGUUUGAAGCCCAAUCCAGGCUACAGGGGUGCCCAAACUCCUACGGCCCCUUUCCUCAGCGUGCCUCCAUCCUGGCCUCCCACAGCCGAUAUCCGAGCUUUACUUCCUCGGGCUCCUGUUCCAGCAUGUCAGAUCCUGGACUCGGCACCGGAGGCUGGAGCAUAGCAAACAAAGACACGGAGCAGGCCUCCACUCCCUGGUGCGAGUCUUCUCCGGAUGACUUCCGCUACGGAAACCUAAUGUAUCCCGAUCAUCGGGAGCGUGAGAAAGACCAGCAUGAGAAAAACAAAAGGCUGCUGGAUCCUGCCAACACACAGCAAUUUGAUGACUUUAAGAAGUGCUAUGGAGAAAUCCUUUAUCGCUGGGGCCUGCGAGAGAAGCGGGCUGAGGUUCUGAAGUUUGUCUCUUGUCCUCCUGAUCCCCACAAAGGAAUUGAGUUCGGCGUGUACUGCAGCCACUGCCGCAGCGAGGUGCGUGGCACCCAGUGUGCCAUCUGCAAGGGCUUCACCUUCCAGUGCGCUAUCUGCCAUGUGGCGGUGCGAGGCUCCUCUAAUUUCUGCCUGACAUGCGGACACGGAGGCCACACCAGCCAUAUGAUGGAGUGGUUUCGCACCCAGGAGGUGUGUCCCACCGGCUGUGGAUGCCACUGCCUGCUCGAGAGCACGUUCUGAGCAGUGGUGACGGCAGGGCACCCAGGAACUGCAUUUCGUUUUUCAUUCCCAAGCCAUGCUGAAUCAGCUCUGCUCCGCAGUGUCUGGAGGACAUGCCACAGGGAGCUGAAGCAGGAUGUUCUGGCAGCCAUCCGUGGUGACAUUUACAAGUGCUUCCAGUAUUGCCACACUUCCCAGGUUGCUUUGAGACUGAUUUGACCAAACUCCCUGUGUCCAUUGCUGGCAAUGGAUGCCAGACCAGAAGAAUUGCCUUCUCCUGCAGAAGGGUGUGUGAGUAUUGGCUGGUCUCCGUUGGGAUAAAGAGGUGUUAAAAAGCUGCUUUGGAAAGCACGUGCCUGGCAGAGCCAAAGUAGCUCCAGGUAUGCUGUGUCUUUCCGCGUGCCUCCUGACAGGGGGUCAAAGUGAGCAAAACAGUCAGCUUUGCGCAGGUAAAGCAGGAAUAAUAUGCAAGGAACAGUGAGCUCCAAAGGCAAACUGUGAGCUGCACUUGGAGAGCAGAUAGUCUGCAGGGCUGUGCUCGGAGUUGCUUUGGGAAGCAGCAGAGUCCUUGUUUUGAAUGGCCGCUUACAUCGUUUAGGUUGCCCCAGAAAGCAGAAGAAUAAAAACUACACUUUUCAGGAUUACUUCCUACUCACCGGGCAGCAUCUGUGGCUGCUGUGAAAAGCCCAGCCCUGCGCCCAGGAUUGCUAGGACUCGUUGUUUGCUUCCAGCAGUUUGAGUACCAUCGCUCCUAAGGUGUCUCCAUCUCCUGCUCUGACUGGAGCACUUUAAUGCACUUUAACUUGCCUGUCCCUGCCUUGUCAGAGACACGUCCUGGUGACUGGGAAAGGCAUCUGCCUUUUGAGUUUGGGAUCCACGUAGUGUUUCCAUGGAUGGUGGCAUGUGAGGGUGUCUCAGAAAGCCCUUGGUUCCUUGCUCAGGAAACACAACGAGGAUGCUUACUCUGUGCAACUCCUCCUGGCUGUUUUCUUCGAGCUCUUUGGGGGAGGAUCAAUGAAUAAUUCAAGAUGUGCUGCCUGUGUACGUGAGUGAUGAGGCUCCUGAGCCGGGGAGGCAGCAAUUUCUAGGAGGAAAAGGGAUUUUGGAAGGGUGAUGAGAUUCACAGCGGCAAAAGGUUUGUGCCUUUUCUCCCUGCAGAGCUUCAAUUGGAGAAUGUACUGGAUCGAUCUGUCUGUUUGGGGCUGUGCCUGCUGGGUGCAGCUGUGCGGUUGUGUGCACACCCUGUGCAUGCAGCCUGUGCUGCUCCUGAGCAGGCUUCAGCCUGAGCUUUGGUUUGGGGCAACUGUGUGGUCAGGGAUGACCCCGCUGGAGUUACCCCCACCCUGCGCCAGCACUGAUCCUUUCUUCCCGUGCUUGCCUGCUGAGUGGGGCCGUGUGUUGUGCCCGCUUCUGACCUCUGUGCUAACUCAGGCUGUGGGAUCCUGCUGUGGCAUAAACAGAUGGUGUAUCUUAAACAUUAAAACAUUAAAAUUAUAUUUUUAAGUUC